AUGAGAAGAUCUACCUCUCAUCACGGUGCUGCAUCACACAAGAGACCGUACCCCUGCGUGAUAGCAGAUAGAUUCCCAGGGAAAUGCAAGAGGAGUUUCAACAACAUUGAAAAGCUCAACGAGCAUAUCAAGCGAUGCCACAACCCAUUCCUCUGGUGCAAUGAUUGCUUGAAGAAGUUCAACAGCUCCUUCAGCCUGGAAGCUUUGGAACGUGAGAAGGAAUAUCAUAAGGCGAUAUGUCCCAAAGAGCCUUCCGAGAAGAACAAAGCCCUCAGGGAGAAGGCUUACGUCAUUGACGAAGCUCGAUAUGAGCUUUGCAAGAAACUGGGUUGGAAGCAGACUGCUGCUUCACAUGAGCUGAAUCGCGAAACAGGCGGCAAGGAAUGCGUGUCUCAACGGAGCUGGAGACAGAUCCGUGAUACUAUCUUCCCAGCCGACACCGUAACGGUGGACGAGUCUCACGAGCUUGUUGCAAGAGUCGAGAACGAGAAGAGAAAUCAGAUGUUCUUGACGCAGUUCCGAGGCAGAGACUCACUUGUCCCCACACAGAUAGAGAUGAAAACGGUCUCUCAGCCACCUCCAACGGCUGAUAACACGUCUCACCUGUCCACGGUCCUGUCUGAGGUAACUGCUCCCCAGACUGGUCCAACGACCAUUGCUUUCUCUGAUCCUGGACCAGAUGGCAAAGACGAAAUAUUUGGGCUUUUCCCCCGAGACAUGGAAAAUUUGGAUUAUGAGAUUACCCCCCUCCCUAAUUUCCAAGAUCAUGAGUCUGGAAACUCUUUGACAGGUGCGGGAAAAUGGCACAAUGAGAUCUUGGAUCUGGAACUAGAACCUGACGUGGAUUUCGAACAGUGGUUCAGUGAAAUAACUCGGCCUGACUUGACUGGAGGAGAGUGA